AUGGAAUACCUUCCUAGUCUUCAACAGGAGUUCGACGAAUUCAAGCCAUCACUCUUCGAACUCCUCGCUGAACAACAACUAUCUGAUCUACUUCCUCCGUCCUUGAGGUAUCUGCUUGCGGUUGCGACACACCGCCACCCACGGUACCUCCUCCGGAUCCUCAAUUCAUACGACGAGGUCUACGCGCUCCUCUCCCUACUCGUCGAGCGAUACUACCUACGGACUUUUGGUGGAUCUUUCACAGAAAACUUCUAUUCCCUGAAGCGCGAGCGUGUCCUUCGCACCAAGAAUGGCGAGAUUCCGCGCGCCCAGGUUGGCGCCGGUGCCCCCGUACGCGAGGCCCUGAAACUGCACUCAGCAGACGUGUGGAAGAACUUGCUCAUCAUGGUCGGCAUUCCGUACCUGAAGCGCAAGCUCGACGAGGGAUACGACAUUCAUGCUGCGCCGCAGGCGGCCUUAGCACUGGGUGGCGGGCCGCGAUACAAUCCUAGUGACGACCUACCACACAACCCCACCGUGCGUCAGCGCAUCUUCCACUACUACAAGUGGUUCUUGCGAAACGUGUACCCGUCCGUGAAUGCGGCGUACUACUUCUCUAUUCUGGCAUUCAAUCUUGCGUACCUUUUCGAUAAUACCAAAUACUCCUCUCCAUUCCUCUGGCUCAUUGGCUCGCGGAUCCGUCGCCUCGGAGCCGCAGACCAUCGUGCCAUUGCCGAAGUGCUAGAUCCGAAGCCUUCACCUGGCGGUGGCCGGUCUCAGCGCCCUGGAUCGGGCCUGUUGGGUCUUUUUAGCCCGCAAAACAUGCACACACAGCUAUUGACUUCCUUGCGCUACUUCCUUCCCGCCUCAAUCUUCGCGCUGAAGUUCCUGGAGUGGUGGCAUGCAAGUGACUUCUCGCGGCAGUUGGCUCGCAAAGCAACAGAAGUCCUCGACUUGCCUGCCCCGGUCGUCUCGGGACUUACCAACCCCGCGGAGCGCAAGAAGUCUGGCCAAGAAGAGAUGGAAAAGAAGCAAGCAGAGCAAGAGAAGAAAUCUGGCGACCUCAAAUCAGCCCUCAAAUCACCUCGCCGACACCAAUCACCCAUUUCCGCGACCUCAUAUCUCCCUAUCUUCACCGUCCCCUUACCACCGGGCGAUACCUCUAGCGCAAACACCUGCCCUGUCUGCUUGAACGCGCUCACCAACCCGACAGCCUGCCAGACAGGAUAUGUCUUCUGCUAUGUAUGCAUUUUCCACUGGCUGAACGGCGAACACCAGCGGCAAUUGGAUUUCAUGAAUGGCGAAGGAGCGGGUGCAGCUUGGGAAGAUGAGAUCACCGGUGAUGAUGAUGAAACCAUGACAAAGCCCCCCGAACGAUAA